GUGCCCGCCUUUGCCCGCGUCCGGGGCGGAGACGGUAGAUGGCAGCGACGCUCAGUGCCCCGCGAAGACACAGGCUCCCGGAGCCUCGCCCCGUGACGCCGUCGGCAUGGCCACGGGGGGCCCACCCGAGGGGGCUCUGCUGGUGGGCACCCGGGAGCCACGGCCCCCGGUGCCGCCCGCCGCCCGGGCCCCCGUGCCCCCAGAGGAGACAGCGUCCGGCCCCGACGUGCCCGCGCUGACGGAUUCAGCCAAAGAGCCCGCAGACGCGGGGCCAACCAGACGGGAGCCCCCGGCGGGUCUCAGAGGCGUGGGGGACGGCCCUGCCCGUGCGCCACAGGGGGACACUGGGGGGCCCUUGGACCCGGAGCCGAGCCCCGAAGCCCAGCAGGGGGCGCCGCCCCCGCCCCCCAGGGCAUCUGAUGAAGGCGCCAGCCAGUCCCCGGGGCCACGGAACGAGGCCACGGCCCCCGAGGGCCCAGGGGCGGCUGAGCGGGGAGGCAGACCGCCUGGGGCCGAGCCUGGGGGAGACGAGCCGGGCCCGGAGCCUCCUGGCGGGGCACGUCCCAGGGGCCUGGGGGGAGUGCAGCCCCAGGCCCUCGGCCGCAGGCCUGACUCGGAGACAGAGAAGGAGGAGGCCUCCCCGGUGACCGGUGACGGGGGCCAGAGCGGGGCUACGGACCUGCUCCUGGUUCCGGGGCACAGCCAGCAGGACAGCCCGGCCCGGCUGGGGCCCCCGGGAGCCCCCCGGCAGCCAGGCCGGCCCGGGCCUAACGCCGCUGCCUCUGCGGAGCCCGGGGAGGAGGCUCGGCCGGGUGGCUGUGGGGGCGAGGCCUCUCAGGGGGACCCGGGCCAUGCGGUCCUGGCUGCGGCCCGGCCCCAGGUCCCCGUGCCCCGGGCACUGCAGGAGGAUGCCAGCUCGUCCGCCCGCCCAGCAGAGGGGCCGGCCCCCACGUCGGAGCUGCCCGGCGCCCCGCGUUCAGGCCCCAGGGACUCGGAGCCGGAGAGCCCGGGGGCGGAGCGGGCAGAGCAGGAGCCGGGCGCACAGCAGGCCGAGGCUGGCAGCCGGCGCGGAGCAGCGUGUCCGGGCGGCGCGGGCGAGUCUGCAGCCGCGGAGGCCCGGCCCCCGGGCCAGGGCGCGGGCACAGCACCCGGGACAAGUGCGGACUCGGCGGGCAGCCCGCCUCCUGGCCCUGACUCAGGAGCUCCGGGGGGUGCAGCGCCCGCCCGCCCCGGCCCCGCACCCACAGGGGGCGCCCCGGAGAGGGCAGUGGGGGGUGAAGCCCGGGACGGCGCCCCACGGCCGGAGGAGGCGGACGCAGAGGCCCCGGGCCGGCCCGGACGCCGCCCGCCUGCGGAGGAGCCGGGUGUGGACGGUGCGGCUGCCCCGGCCGCUGGGGGCGCUGACAGAGGGGACCCAGGGACGCAGCGGCCUCCAGACCAGCCAGGAGGGGGCGCUCUGAGCAGUGGCACCCUUCAGCCUGAGCAGCCGCCCUGCCCUGGGGAGCAGGCUCCUGCCCCUGCCCCGCGCGAAGCCAGCCACGCCGAGCUGCCCUCUGCCAGCACCAUGGACACUACCGUGGCCCAGGUGGACACUCCCACGGCCCCGGUGGACACUCCCACGGCCCAGGUGGACACUACCGUGGCCCAGGUAGACACUCCCACGGCCCAGGUGGACACUACCGUGGCCCAGGCUGUUCCCAGCCCAGAGCGGCUCCCGCCCGCGGGGCCCCUGGCCAGCACGCCGCCCCCCGCCCGCGGCGCGCAGAGGACGGGGGAGGGGCGCGCAGCUCCGGGCGCCGGCCCCCCGCCCCCCGCGGGCCCCGGGAGCCCCGGCAGUGAGCGGGCCCCGGAGCACGGGGGGUCCCGGCCGGGGGGGCCCCCCCGGGACCCCGCCAGCCCCCGGCAGAGCGGCCCCGCCCCCGGGCUCCCGGACUUCAGGGAGCACAUCACCAAGAUCUUCGAGGCGUCCGUGCGCGGAGCCCCAGCCGACCGGCCCCAGCGCCCACCUGCCCCUGGGGACAGGGCGGGGGCCCCCAGGAGCGGGGGCGGCAAGCACCUCGACGGGCUGCUGAGCCCAGGGAAGCUUCCGGAUGGGACUCCAGCCGCGGCCCCGGCCCCUGUCCCCGCCCCGCCCGCCGGCCUCCGCGCGGACGCAGAGAAGCCGGAGCAGGCGCUGGCCGAGGCCGAGGCCUCCCACCCGGUCCCCCAGGAUCCGGCCGCAGAGCCGCCGCCCCGGCCAGCAGGGACGGGCAUGGGGCAGGACCCGUCCGGUGCCCGGGCCGGCGAGGCAGUGGCUGGGCGCCCGCUGGUGCCUAAGGACAAUGAGCGGCCGGAGGGGGGCAGCGGCCGGCAGGAGGCCCCGGUGGAGGAAGCUGCUGGCCCGCAGGCAGCCGUCUGGAGCCUCGGGGAAGGGGACUCGGACCCGGACGACAGAAUUCCCGCUGGAGGACAGCACCGGCCUCAGGCAGAGGGCGCCCAGGGCCCUGCCCUGCCAGGAGCUCCCGGGGACCUGCCCUCGCCCACCUCUGCCCUGGGGGCCCGUCCUCCCUGUGGCGAUGCUCUGCCCGGGGCCAAGGCCGCCCCGGAGCCCGGCCCGGCGGCAGGAGGUGCCGGGGAGCCAGAGGGCGCCGCGGCUCUGGGCACAGCUGAGACCGGAGCCGGUGCCAGGAGCGUGCCCUCUGGAACGGCUGCCGCCUGGGGACCGCCUGGUGGCCCAGGCAGCUCCGAGGGGCCCACUCCCCAGGGGGCCCGGACGGCAGGCGCCACCUCAGCGCCAGAGCCCGAAGAAGCCGGGGACGCCCGCCCGGCCCCGGAGGCCGCCCGCGAGCAGAGACAGAUUCGCAGGCGCGGGCUGCUGGCUGGCCGGGCGCCCUUCGACGGCCGCCUCCGUUUCAGGGUCUGA